GGGAGGUGUACUGCUAAGUUUUCAACUGUCGCUCAUGUGCACCGCUCACGAUACUCAGAAGCUCUGCAACACGCAACUCGACCCAUUCGAACCUGCGACGAGCUCUCUCGCAGCAUCUCCUCGGACAGGGCGGCAUUGCCAUGACCCCAUCCAGGUACCCACCGCCAAGAGCAGCUUCGAGGCCCAACAUCCUGCGCCAUGCAUCCUUGAGCUUGACCUUUCAUCACGGCGACGGGAAAAUCAUACGCUGAAGGAUCCCGUUCUUGUUUCUCCGGUACUUGUAGUCCGAUGUCGCGACGUACCCACGUUCUCAAGCCUGGACGCAGCAGCAGGUGAGCUGGCCAUGCGCAUCGACAGCCACAAAAGACAGUCGCCGCGGAGGAAUCGGCUAGUCUUGAGUUUGGCGUUUUCUACUCUCGAGGCAAAAAGUCGCGUUGGUCGCGAAGCAACAGAGCACUUCGAUAGCGGUAGUCUGGGCCAGCACCAUGACGGGAGCCCAGACUUUAUCUGCCUUCCAAACAUAUGCCGCGAGUAGAUACAGGCCACUGGAGCUUACCAUCGGUCGAGGAUGAGCGAUUGUCUGCGUUUUUGCCCCAAGAUAAGGCAGUGUCGAGAGCACUGAUUGGUCUGCCAACACGAAGAAGGGAUCUUUACCCCAGAUUGCGCGUGCGCGUGCGCGGGCGCUCACACACUGCGAAGGCUCUGGAGUGAGAUUCCGGGGCGUCUGAGAUCACGAUCAGACCUGUGCGACUGUCGUGGUCGCUAUCAGUAUCGUGCUACACCAAGCUGACGCCUAUCGGUCGAUCAGUCGGCGACGAACCACACGGGACAGCUCACCGUUGCACGACGACCAGCUGUACUAUAGCAGAGCAGAAGCAACGCCAAAAGUGCACUUAGCUUUUGGAAUUCGAGCAUCUGCUAUGGCGGUCCUCGAUUCGACUCGACUCGACGGCCUCCCAGUUCUGUUGCAGCGCCACAAAAUGGCAAUCUCGGCUGCCACAGUAGUUGUCGAUCGUGUCUGCC